GAAGUUUUUGAGUUGAAAUAGUAAAAUAUGAAAACGCUUGUAGUUUUUCUUUGCUUCCUGGGGUUUUUUGUUGCAACUGUUCAGCCUGCAGAAAAAGAUAGAAAUGAAUUUUGUUACUUUCCUUCCCAGUACGGCAAAUGCAACGGCCACCGAGUCCUGUGGUACUUUUCGAUUAACCAAAAAAUGUGUGUCCCUUUCGUUUUCUCAAAUUGUGGAGGCAAUCAGAAUCGCUUCUUUACCAAAGAAAUGUGCGAGAAAGCUUGUGCUCCACGUUUUUCUAUUUUUAAUUAAAAAUUAGAAGAAAAUUUAUAAAUGAUGUAUUAUAAUAUAUUUUAAUAAAUACAGCUGCAAAGAUGUACGUUACUUGAACAACACA